CUUUUUCUGGUACCUCACCCUGAUCGACUAUCGCACUGGAUUUCACUGUCAUAUACUAUGUGCUACUAUGUGUCGGUGUUGCAUCAGUUGUAUCGGCCCGUCCGUCGGGAUUAUAUUCUCCUGCUAAUUUCCAUUGCCUUCCACAAUAUUCUACGGUACCUCGCUGUGCCUGGUUUUGGCAGCCCAUCCGAUUGAACCUCUGCGCCAAGUCGGUCGUAUCAAAUACCUGAUUCCCCUGUUAUCCCUCCAAGAUCAUGGAACCUCUGUCAUUUAAAGGCAAGCUGUCGACAAACUGCAAGAAGCAUAGCUUCCUUUGGCCACUUUCUUGCCAACUUGGCCUUCGGAACCGUGCUGAGGACCAGACGAAGUUCACCAAUAAGAAUCUCAUUGCUGAUAUCAUUGCUCAUUUUCGACAGAACCCUGCACUUUUGGGGGACGUCCUCUACGAGAAACUAUGCAUCCCAGGGAUGGACUCGAUAGCUCAAGCGGGCGACGUUGGGGAACCAAAUCCAGCUAAUGAGGCCAGCGCUGUUAAUAGGGGUUCAAAGCGAGGCGAGGCAGGUUCAAGUAACGCUCAAGGUACCAAAAAGAUGAAGAAAAGCUCCGACAAGGACAUAGAGGACGAUUUGGCGGAGGAGGAAGAAAAAGGGUCCACGGCCACAGGAGUACUCAAAACGCUCCUUUUGUCAAAAAUGCCAGUCGCACCCCCGGCAAGCCAUGUUCGCCUAGGAAAUACGAUGACCAAGGGUGCUGAAGGGAAAGGUAAAGCUACAGUUGACGACUCCAGCUCCACAUCCAGUCGAGCAUCGUCGGUUAGCAAAGCAGAGCAGGAUAGAGACUUAGAGAUCUCCGACAAUAGGACUGUCAGGGCCAAUCAAGCGGUGGAGAACUCUGGGUCAUACACUAUCAUGAAGACCAUCCGAGAACCAUACAUGUCUGUUAACCUUGUUCUGGUCGACAGGAAUCUGAAUAAACUGCAAGAAUCAGCAUAUGAGGUUGGCUUGUCGAUGGAGAAGGUGAAAAUAUAUUCACAUUCCGAGCCAGGCCAGGGUGGUCGACGAUUUGCGGUGAAGUAUUCAGAGAUUCUUCCAGAGUUGGUUGCCACGUCUUCUCCAACAAAAGAGCGAGGUGGUCGAUUUAUGAGACCAGGAAUUGUGCAGCCAGAUAGGUUGAUGUACCUUGGACCCGUCGAAAGCUUUCAGAGCAUGAAUCCCCUGCCAAUCGUUCCACGUGCUGACUUUUGUGAUGUGACAAAGCUUGGGGAUGACGUGUGGGUUGCGGAUAUCUUUCAGGAGAUAGACAACAAGAGUUCCUCUACAAAGGUCAAAAACACUCUCCAGGCCGAGAACAAGCAAGAUGCAGAGAAAUCUGGCAUCGACGAGGAUGUUGUGAAAUAUAUUCAAAACGACAUCAUGCAGCUUCCCACCGGAUCAGAGGAGCACAGAAUAUUUACCUCACGGGCUGAGACAGCUCAUGCGGCGCUUAUACGCUACAAGAGGUUUGAGGAGAACCUGGCAAAGCUUCCUGAUGCUUGGAGCGCCGGAAAGGAGGGAAGUUUCAAGAUUUCUAAAGAUGAUCCCCAAUUCCCCGGCGUCACAUUCACCGAAGGUGAUUUACACCAGAUAUUUCACUUCAAGCCCGCCAACCACAGCAAGAACAAGAGACGAUUCAGCAAACGCACCCGUGAGCGCCAUCCCAAAACCAUUGGUGCCUGGUUCAAGGAUCCAGACGGCGCUAUGAACGAUAUAUACGGCACUAUGAAGUUAUCAGAAUUUGAUGCUGAACUUCAACAGCUUGACAUAGCGAAGGAUGCCGAAGUAGACAAGAAGAAGAGAGAGAGAAAGAGACUCUUUAAGGUGGAGAGGUCGGAUCACUCAGGUGAGGAGAGUAAGAGCAGUCAUCGAAGAGGCAAGGGUUCAUCAAAGGGCAAGCAGAAGCGGGCGAAGGCUAGUCCAUCGGGUUCUUCGUCGGAAGAAUCUUCUUCCGAGGAAGAGAAGCGCCCAAGGAAGAAAACCAAGCAUGCUAAGGUUUCCUCCUCCAAGGCUUCGAUGUCGAAGGCUAGUUGAGAUGAUGAUGCCUAGUUAUUACAUAGAGCGUAGUUAUAACUAAAUACAUAGGUACCUGAGCGUAAAUGAAAUUCAUCUUCCU